AUGUCUGUUCCUCAAGUAAAAAUUCCUUCAGCUCCUGCUAGCUCAACUGGUGAUGGUUGUCCAUCUAAAAUAUUAAAAUGGGAAAACCCUCAAAAGACUGGUAAAAUCUUUGGUUUGACCAUUUUUUCCCUCUUAGCUGUCAAAUAUUUAAAUCUAUUAAAUAUUUUCUUCCAUUUUGCUUUUAUUUCUUUAUUUGUCUCUGCUGCCGCUGAAUAUCUAGGUAAAUUAAUCACUGGUACUGGUUUUGUUACUCAUUUUAGACCUGCCUACUCAAAUAAAUUUACAAACAUCUCCUCAAAGGUUUUGCCUCAUGUAACUUUACUAAUCAAUUUAAUUGAAUCUGAAAGCCAAAAACUAUUCUAUUCUGCUGACGUUGAAAAGACCCUUAAAGCUGCUGGUGUUUCUUACUUGUUGUACAAAAUUACAAGCUGGUUUUCCUUAUACACUUUGGUCUUUACCUCUGUUAUUGGCGCUUUUUCAGUUCCUGCUAUUUACUCAAGAUACCAAAAUGAAAUCGACCAAGGUAUUGUUCAAUACACAAAAAUAGCAAAACAAAGAGCAAUUGACCUUCAAACUGCUGCUUCAACCAAAUCAAAGCCUUUAUUAGCUAAAGCAACCCAAAGUUUUGCCCCUCUCACCGGCUUUUUAAACAAAAACUUGCCAACAAGAACCGCUGGCUCAACUGUUAAAUCCCCAGUUAACCCUGCUAGCUUUCCAGCUGCUCCAAAAGUCUCCCCGGAUCAAAAACCACUCCCUGUUGAGAGACAUGAAGAAACUGCCCCUCUUCUUUCAAACCCAGCUCCAGCUCCAGCUUUUUAA